AUGGGCAAUGAACAAUCCGCCGAAACCCCUCGCGGGCAUCGGAAACUAUCCAAGCCACCUCACUGCAGCCAGACAACAGCAGCUGGUCUGCCAUACGCUGCUACUGCCGUGACACCCCAUUGUGAGCACUACUCCAACUCGUAUCUUGUUGGAUCGCUGCCGCCUACUCCUAAUAAGGCUUCAUCCACGAGGAGGGUGGCGCCUGGGCUCGGUAUAGCCGUCCCUGCUAGUGACGGUGUUAGUCCUGUGACAACUCCUACUUGUAGAGAAUCCCGGCGUGAUUCAAUGCGACGAAGGUCAUCAGUCCAGUCAGAGCAGUCUCCCAGGUUGCCAAGCUUCGUCAACAGCUCCAGGGCGAGCUCUAUGGCCCAAGAUAGCGGUUACCGCACACUCGCCCGCGCUGAUAGCAUGCCCGUUGCAGUACCGCGUGGCUCUACUGGCUACAAUACGAGAGCUGCUGAGCCCAAAUCGCUUCUCGGUGCUAAAGAGAAGCUUCCGAGCGAGCCUAUCACCUCCAAAUUUAAGAUCCAUUCUGAUGAGGCCGGCCAGGAUGUAACAGAUGACAACAACAACGCCUAUCAUUCUGCGGGCUCUUCCAUCAGCAGGACAAAUUCAGACGUGUCUCUCUACAUGCCAAUGCGCCGCCGCUCCGUCGUGCAAACCCCAGGCGUGGCAACUAGAGCCCACCAUUCCAAUCCCCCGGUCUCAGGCAAAUCGAGCUUCCGCAAGAGUCUCCCACCAACUCCAAGUCAAUCCCGGCACAAUUCGAUCGAGUCUGGCAUGGCAAGGCGUAUGUCGAUGCCUACCACAAUCCCAUCGCAAACGCACUCUUCAGGCCGAGCUGUUACGCCAGUGGAAGCCGACUACAAGCAACUAGGUGGUAUGAAAUUUGGAUCUCUGCGCAUCACCAACGGAGCACCGGUGACUUCCCCAGUGCCCGAAAAUGACGUCAAACAACAAGGGGCUUCUGAGUCGACACUAGCAACCCCUUGUGCGGAUUACUUUGAUGAGCAAGCCAUCAAUCCUACCAAUUUGAUGAACGAAGGAUUGAACACGGCAGAGACAAGGUCUAUGACAACUGGAAAAGUCACCGCUCAAGUUCCAAGCUCCGUUGCCGAGCAUUUGAGCAAUACAGACAAAUCUAGAACAGGUCAUGGCCAAAUGUCUGAGAACGGGAAUGCUGUCUCAUUUCCCGUUGCUGAGGUUCUGCACCUGAGAGAAGACACAAAUUCAAAGCCAGACCCAAAGAAAAUGCACUUGGACCUUGAACACAAAAUGCUUAAAGGGUUGACAAGGUCUGACAGUGGCUUUAUCCCUAGUCCCUCAUCUGAGAAAACGCAGCGGACCGCGUCCCGCAAUGACAGUGGUUACAGUUCCAAUGUCUCUCUCCGAUCAUUACCUAGCUUGAGAUCCGGCUUCACGGAAAAGAACACUAUGGCUACGGAAAGGCUUGACAUCGACGCCUCGGGGAUGAGCUCGCCGUCGGAUUCAAACUCGACGCGCACUUCUUCUUUGGUUCCUUCACAAACACGCAAUCGGUUACCAAUUCACCUCGAGGUUCCUCUAUCAUCAGUAGAUGAUGACGCCUCAACUUGCCCAACGAGUCCGACCAGGCCAUUCUCCCCAUUUGCUAUCGGCAGCCGGAUGCGCCUCUCGUCACUGAAGUCUACCCGGAGUUUCGAGCCACGAGUAUCCAGCACCGCGACAACACCAAUCAUCCUGUCAAAGAGCGAUGAUAACAGUCAACUGUCUGCUAUAACCCCCGAUGUCACCCGGGGCGGUAGUAAGAUCUCUCGCUUCCUCAACGGUUCCCGUAGGAAGGGGUCGUUCAAGAAGACGGAGGAUGUAUCUGUGGUUGAACAGACUGUGCCGAACAAUGCUCGGGGUCUCAAGUCCAAAUCGCGGCCUAGAUCCCGACGAUCAACACUUCGGAAUGAGCCGAGCAAAGAUACUCUGCACACUAUCUUGAGUGUGGAGAGCCAGACUGUUGACAUUGCGCCAGAACUCGAAGGAGAGGAAGCAACUAAGAGUGUCGAAAAACUCGCAGCCAAGAAACCGUCUCGACGGCAAUCCUGGCGACAGUCUAUCGCUCAGAUGUUUGGUACCCGAAGCGCGGACGCCAGUCCUACAAUAAGUUCUUUGCCCGAGCCAACCCCGAGACGCCCUUCAACCGCCAUGGGAUUAUCUUCCCAGCACUUUGGGCCUGUCUCUGGGACUCGAGCUGUAAGCUCCCGGUCUUCUCGGCCAGCGCCCAGGAAAACUGCCAGCAGCUCUGGCAGCUUGCCCUCGCCGACGCGAAAGACCAACACCAUGCCAGGCACGCAAGAGCGACGAGAUAAGCCCGAGUUGGCCCAUCUUCGUACCAAUAGCUCAGCACCAAAUCUGUCAGCGAGUCGUCGAAUGUCUCUCGGUCCAUCUCAGAUUGAGACUCAACAAGGCUCACGCACAAGAGCCUCACCUCCUGUGAGCAUGCAGAACAGAAAUUCCAAAUCUUCGCAAGGCAAGCAGGGGCACAGCCGUUCCAUGACCCCUUCUUUCCCCAUCAACUCUCGACCUACUGGCAGGCGAGUUUCUCUACCUCAAGAUUAUGGUCGGACAACACCCCAGAACCGCUAUGUCUCGCAUGGCCGCACGGAGUCACGUAACUCGAACCGGGGCAUGCCUAUAAGCCCAGGGGGUAACAUGGGUUCACAAUCGGGAUUUCCUGUCCAACAACCCAGGGUUCUGUCAUACUCGAGCAACGGUACGCAAGAGACUGGACCGGCUAUCUCGCAGUCGAGUCAUAAUCGUCGGGUAUCGGCACCAGCACAGCCGCGUCCUGGGCCUGGUAUGCCACGCUCAAGAAGCAGCACUACAUUGAUGCAGAUGCAGCAACAAAUGGAGAUGCAAAUGCAACAGCAACAACAGCAGCAGCAAUAUCAACAGCAGCAACUUCGUCCCCAAUCGUCUCUUCAGGCAUGGGCGCCAAUGGAUAUGUACACUCUCAACCAGCAACUACAGCAGAAUUACAUGAUACAGAACCAGGCGCUGGUCUAUGGGGCAUCAAACAUGGUUCAGCAGUAUCCCAACAUAUAUGUCACUGGCCCCGUUCCCAACCAACCGACUCACGGUAGGCAGAACUCGCAGGGUGGCGGAAUGUAUGCUCAAGACCCUCCAUUCCGGGUCCUCCACAGCUAUAACUCACCAGCAUAUCGACACGCUCCUAUCUGGAGCCAAUAG